AUGCGCACCGUACAGAAGAAGAAGAAGAAGGCGAGCAGCGCGACUCCCAAGUCCGAAGUGACAGGCUCCUCCAAUGCCCCCAAGCCCAAGCCCAAGCUCAAGUUCAAGUCCAGGCGCGCCGCGCAUCGCGACGAAACCCCGCGCGAACGCCUCGAGCAGCGGUAUGCAGACGUCUGCGUGCCCUUCCCGCAGGCGCCCCCGCUCACAGAGGACGACGACAUGCGCGCGUUCGCCCCCCUCAACACGGACGAGAUCAAGGCUGUCCUUUCGCCCCUCUCGACGGGACCGGCCUGCGCACUGCUCUUCAACAGCGGCACCAUGUCGCCCGCGCGCAUCGCCGAGCUGCACGCCGCAGCGGAGGGCGUUGCCUCCUCCUACUCCGCGCCGACACAGCGUAGCAUCGAGUACGGCCCUGGCGCGCUCGACUCGUCCGCUCGCCACACCGCCCAGCCCGACCUCGCGAACAAGCUCCACGCCCUGCUUGCGGCCUGGGCCAAGUCCCUCCACCGCCCCUCUCACGACCUCGCGCGCUGGGACCACGCCACGCUCCCUUCUAUGCGCCGGCACGCGGGCAAGCUGUACGAGCUGCUGGCUCAGCGGGCGAAAGGUGCCGCCAAGAAGGAGUGGUUUCGUGGCAUUUUCCCUUGGGCGACCGGCGCGACUCUCGCUGGGCUGGGCACCGUGCUCUCCCUCUCUUGGGGCGACGAAGCGGGAUGGCAGCGGGGCGAGAAACACCACGACGGGCACUAUACCGCAAUCACGAUCACUGGCGGCACCGCCGACCUGUACGUCACGGGCGUUAACCACCGCGUGCGCCUUACACAUGGCGACGUCGUGGUCCUCCACCCCGCGUCCGAGUACGCGUACAUGGUUGUUUGGAUUGGCGAGUCGGAAGGCCCACGCUUCGUGUAUACUUGCUACACGGACAAGGCGUCCCCCCAGACGGUGCGCCAGUGGGAGGUGUUGAGGAAGGAGGCGAGGGCGAUGGUGAGGGCGCUUGAGGGGGUUGGCCUUGGGGAGGGCGAGGGGGUUGAGGGUGGUGAUGGGGAGGAUGGUGGGGAGGGAGGUGAGGAUGUGACUAUGUAG